AUGGACUCUCAUUUUGGCCAGCCUCGUUCAACCAAGCAUCAUGCUGGUUCGAUGAUGAACCAGAGGAUCUCUAAUCAAAAGAAAUCGAAGCGUACCUUAAAAGAGGGGAAAAGAAAAUCUUCAUGAGGUAGUAAGAAGAGAUCGGGAGCAAACUCCAGCCUGAGUCUCGCUAAGGAUGAUUAUAAGAAAUGAUCGAGCAACUUCAGGUAUAUGAACCAAGCUUGAAAUAAAAUUACAAUCGAGACAUCUAAAAAUAGCUCAAUGGCUCAUAAUAAUCGUCCAGGGACUUGUAUUGGUAAACCUAAGAUUGGAACUUUUAAAGCGAGAUCAGGAAAAUAUAAGAAGACAAAGAAAACCUCCACUUCGCCUCUUCUCUCGAGGAGAGCAAGCAAAGGAACUGAGAGUGCCAGGAGACAGUCCUCUAAGCUUCAUAAAAAUGGAAGCUGUAAUUCAAAACGGAGUUUGAAGAAUGAAAAGGGAAAACUUAAAAUUCUGAUCAAUGACUUAGACCAUAGUCCCACUUCGAUACACACAGGAAAUUGGAUGGGGUAUCCCUCUUCUCGAGUGUAUGAUACCUGUAAAUCAAAGAAAAGUUUGAAAUCAUGCAAAUCUAUGAGAAAUAUAGAAUCAAAAUCCUAUUCCUGUCGGAACAGGAAAGAGGAGCAAAAGAUGCACAAGUCCAAAAAUAAUAGGUCGGCUCGAGAUAACAAGGCAACAUAUUCUAACUACCUUGCUUCUGAGCCUUUAUCUAAGCUAUCUAUGUUCAAUAACCUUAUUGGGGCUCAUGGUCCUAAAAGGUCGAUAGAUUCAGGUGGAACUCCAACUCUUAAGAAAGAUAGAAACUCAUUAGGCAGCAACAAGGGAGGGAGUGUCAAAUGUAGUCGUAAGAGUAGCAAUAAAAAGCCUAAAAUCUGUGUAUAUGAUAGUAACCAAUACACCUCAAAUAUGUACGCUAAUGAGUACACUAAUUCUGCGCAGACAAGCCAGUUUACAUUUGGAGCAGGACCUGACUCCAAAGCUUCUGAUAAUGGACUCUCAGGAACAACUUCAGCCAACAAAAGUAUCAAUAAGGACAAUGUGGUCAAGAGGAAUAGUGAUGCCUCUUCUUUAAAAAAAUAAGUUGAGACAUAAAAGCAAGAGGUCUAAUGCAUCAGAGAAACAUCAGAGAAGUGACUCUAGAGGAUCUAAAAAGAGCAGAAAAGGAUCAAAGAAAUAAAUUUUCAAGGAAUAAUAACCACAGGUUUAGUGGAUAUUUGGGCAAAAGUUCAGUGAAAAGGUCAUCCUCAAAGUCUCGUAACGGAUUGUAUAAGUCAUCUUCGUCAAAUAAUCACCAGCUAAAAUCGAAAUCAGGUUUGAAACUUGGAGAUUUUAUGCAUGCUGGUUUGACUCCAAGUAGCCAAUCCUAUUUUAAAAAUGGUAAUUUUCCGAGUGUCAGUCCUUUUCUUGCAAAGAUGACACAGAAAUCAAAGAAAUCUCGAAAUGAGGGAUUAUUUAAGGUCCAGACAAAUCAGAAAAGCGCUGACAAAUUUUUGAAUCUUCUUCCAAAUGGAAAGGGAGUAUCUACUAAAUCCAGGAACGCAAUCUUGACCCAGAUAAAAUCAACUGCUCAUGCGAAGACCAAUUCGUAUUUCAACAUUCCUGGGUUUGCUUAUGGAACUAAUGAUAAGAGCAAAAAUUCCAGCUCAGACAGAAGCUCAGGAUCUCGCUCUAAGAAGAGUUUUAAGAAUGAAAAUCAAGUUAACUCCUUAAUAGCCAAGAAAUUAUUAAAUGAUAACCAUCACACAAGCGGCUUAUUGCCUGUUAAUAACUGCUCAGGAGCUUCUACCCAAGGUAGCUCUAUAAGAGAUUUUAAGAGUACUUCAAAGAGGAAGUUCCAGCAAGAAUGCUACUACAAAUCAGCUCAAAAUCCUUCUAAAUAAAUGAGGCAAGAACACUACUGAUGGCUCAAAGACUACUAAUCCUAAAUAUGAGUCUAUAAGCCCCAAUAUUAUCCUAGUUGAAGAGACUAAGGCUGAUGAGGCUUAUAAGCAAUCUUUGCAGAACAAAGUCAGGCAUAAGAAUAAGAACCUUCAUGAAUAUUUUGUGAACAAUGAUACUCCUCUUGAAAGUCCACUCCAUCUCCCAAGAGCGAGAGAUUCGGUUCAAAAUCUCCCAAAAGUGCAUAAGACUAUUGAGUCUGAUGACCGGAAUCAAAGCAGCUCAUAUUUAGAUUUGAUCAAUUUAAAUAGUGAGGAGGUGAGCUUGAUCGAGCAGAAUACCUCUCAUUUAAAUGAUUCGCCUCACAAAGAGACUCAGAAAGACCUCCAAGAGCUAAUUGCAAUUCUUGGGAAAUUUGAAUCGUAGU